AAAAUGUCAAUACACACAAGCGUUGAACAUGGCGAUGGCGUCUGAUUUGGGGCCCGUCCCGUUGCCCAAAAACAAGUCAAAAAAUCGUAGCCUCGGAUGGUUGACGAUCAGAAGAUCACGGUCCAAGAAUAAGUAUAACCUCCAGAAUGCGUUACCCCAUGCCAGCCAGCAUCCAGACGAUCGGUCCGGGGAAGGGCCGCUCGGUAAUGUGGACGAAGAUGAUAUUCCAAAGUUGGUCGAGCGACUGCGUAUACUUGAGAGUGAUUUGACCCACCGUGACCCUGAGGUAGUCAUCACAACUCAGAAGUAUCUGAUUGAUGCCCUCAGGCGGGAGAACGGAGCCCUCCGUCUCCUCCGACACCAAGUAGAGCUUCUGAGAAGAGAGAACACCAAACUGAAGAAAGAGGCCGAGAAGUCACAGUCAAAGAAACUGGCCAACGGCGCCAAGGCCAAGAACGGAGUCAGCAACGGAGACGUCUCAGAGACCGAGACACUGGAAGAGGACUCGUCGAAAAACAUCACCUCGCUCAAGAUGGAGAACGAGAGGCUGAGAAAGAGCAACGAUCAGCUCCAGAAUUGCCUGGAUGAGCACAAGAAGCAAAACAGUGCCACCAAUGGACUGACCAAUGGGGAAGCCAACGGACAUGAGGGGACCAAUGGGGUGGCACGGGAGGAGGAUGUGAAUGGUCAAAACGGGAGGCAGUCGCCGAGCCAUGGAAAGAAGCAGAGACCCGUCCUAAAGAAGGGGAACGAUAAUGGAGCUGGCACAAGUGGGACCAGUCUGGUCACAGUGAACUGUCUCCGCAAGUCAGACGGUAACUUCCACGACUGCGAUGAGAUGUUGGAGGAACGCCUGAAGUCCCACAUGGCGGCUAAGGGGGUUGACCUAGUCUUGAAGGAGUGGUCUCCCGGGCGAGAUCAUCAUAUGGUCACCUUGGUGUUCUGCUUGGCAUCCAAUGAUCUGACCCAGAACAUCAUGAAGGCUGUGGAUGGCGUCAGUAGCGACGCAGAGGUCAUUCUGGCGGUCUUCCACACAGCCAGCCAGGAGUCCCAGAGGAAGGACCCAGAGACGGAGUCCCUGAACCUGUCGGUCCUGUCCAACGCCUGCCUGGUGGUGGAUGUCUUCUUCAGCAAGCGGGACAGCCUAUACCGCUGCAACCAGAACAACAGGGCCAUGUCCAGGCUCUUGCACCUGUUUGAGAUGAUCUGCUGAAGAGGUGCAGGUUGGUUAGGUUGGUCUUUAAAAGCUAUUGAUUAACCCUUGCUCUAUGAAUCGUCCAAAACAAGACACAACAACUUGUCCCUCUGGCAGAAUGUUGCCUUUUUAUUUUAUUUGUUUAAGAAAAUGAAAGCAUCACAUCUCACAAAAUUAAUCUACUUUUGCUCUUCCGCAUCCCUGCCCCCGCCCCUGCCCUCCAGUACCACAAACCUAGAUGUUUCUGAAAACACCUCAAUAUUUAGGAUAACAAAAUACCCUAUUUUGGUUGCAUUGGCCACUCUGCAUAUGUUCCAAUGAGCGCGUCAUAUGCAAGUGCGCACAUGUUAGACAAUUUUGUUGGCACUUCACACAGUUAGGAGGCAUUCUGAGACAGAACUGGGCGGAGAUCGAAAUUGGGCUUUGCAGGUAUUAGGAAAGAGAAUAAAAUGCGACUUUUAUUUGCACUUUCAAUCGGUCAAUUGGUUACUCCAUUUAAAAAGUUAAUGCUGAUAUGCGUUUUAUGAGUAUGCGUUUAUCGACAUUUCAAAAAGUAAAAUAUUGAGAAAAGGGCUUACAAAGUUUUGAAUUUGCAGUUGGGGAAAAUGAAAAGUGCAAUUUGCAUUUCCUUAAAAACACUUUCAUUCCAUGAUUUUUAUACUUUAUCCCUUAAAGGGAAGAUACAACAUUUGCAAACAUCAAAAAAACGAAAUGAUCAAAUUAUCACGAA